AUGACAAGCGUAUUGAGGAUGACAAACCCUAAUCUGAUAAACGGCAAAAAUCUCCACAAAGGAUCUCCAACACUAGUUAGAGCUGAAGAAAGCAAAAUUCGAAUUCCCUGGAGAUUCUCGACCAAGGAAGUAUCCUUCAGAACGUCACAAGCCACUGCUUCUUCUGGCUUGUCUUCAACUACAACAGAACCAAAGGGGAGAGAACUCAAUACGACGACGUAUGACGACAAAAUGUUAGCCAACUAUGUACCUGUCUACGUCAUGCUUCAGCUUGGAGUCAUAACCAACGACAACGUUCUUGAAAACGCUGAGAAGCUCAAGAAACAGCUUAAGAAACUGAAACAGAGUCAAGUAGAUGGAGUAAUGGUUGAUGUGUGGUGGGGAAUAGUGGAAUCAAACGGUCCAAAGCAAUACCAAUGGAGUGCUUACAGAAACUUGUUUGAGAUAGUGCAAAGCUGCGGACUGAAACUACAAGCUAUAAUGUCGUUUCAUAGAUGCGGAGGCAACAUAGGAGACGAUGUUAACAUCCCGUUACCUAAAUGGGUGCUUAAAGUAGGAGACACGAAUCCAGACAUCUUCUAUACGAACAAGAGUGGUAAUAGAAACAAAGAGUGUUUGUCUCUCUCUGUAGAUAACUUGUCUUUAUUCAGAGGAAGAACAGCUGUUGAGAUGUAUAGAGACUACAUGAAGAGCUUUAGAGAGAACAUGGAUGAUUUUAUCAGCUCAGGAGUUAUAAUAGACAUUGAAGUAGGGCUUGGUCCUGCUGGAGAGCUUAGAUACCCUUCUUACACUGAGACACAAGGAUGGGUGUUCCCUGGAAUUGGAGAGUUUCAAUGCUAUGACAAGUAUCUAAGAUCAGAUUAUGAGGAAGAAGUUAGAAGAAUUGGACAUCCUGAAUGGAAGCUUCCGGAAAAUGCAGGCCAAUACAAUGAUGUUCCAGAAGCAACCGGGUUUUUCGAGUACUCGAAAGGGACUUACCUUGAGGAACAAGGAAAUUUUUUCUUGUCUUGGUACUCAAGAAAGUUACUUCUUCAUGGUGAUCAGAUUCUUGAUGAAGCUAAUAAAGUGUUUGUUGGAUGUAAACUAAAGUUAGCAGCAAAAGUUUCUGGAAUCCAUUGGUGGUACAAAACUGAGAGUCAUGCAGCAGAGCUAACAGCUGGUUAUUACAAUCUCAAAAACAGAGAUGGUUAUGCUGCAAUUGCGAAAAUGAUGCGUAGGCAUCACGCUAUAUUGAAUUUCACUUGUUUAGAGAUGAGGAACACAGAGCAGCCAGAAAAAGCUAAGAGUGGACCUCAGGAACUUGUUCAACAAGUUUUGAGCUGUGGAUGGAGAGAAGGGAUUGAAGUCGCAGGCGAAAACGCACUUCCAAGAUUCGAUAGAGAUGGAUACAACCAGAUUAUACUAAACGCAAGGCCUAAUGGAAUUAACCUAGAUGGCAAACCGAGGAUGUUCGGGUUCACAUAUCUCCGGUUAUCUGAUAGACUUCUCAGCGAACCGAACUUCACAACGUUUAAGACGUUCGUAAAACGAAUGCAUGCAAACCAAGAAUAUUGUUCAGAGCCUGGAAGGUAUAAUCAUGAGCUGUUUCCAUUGGAAAGAUCGAAAACCAAUGAAUCAUUGGAGAAAUUAAUGGAAGAAACAGAAGUAGUUGAUCCACUUCCAUGGCUGGAGGAGACAGAUAUGAGUAUUAAACCCUUUGAGAGUUUACUGUCUCUCUUGAAAAACACAUUCUUGAGGAACAAGUCCUAG